AUGUCAUCAACAAAUCCUACAGUUACCUUAUAUCCUCUAGUUAAUUAUACUUUUGGUACAAAAGAAGCACAACCCGAAGAAGAUCCAUCUGUAGCAGCUCGUUUACAACGUCUACAAAAUGACUAUGAGGCCACUGGUAUGCGAAGAACGGUAGAGGGAGUUUUGGUGGUUCAUGAACAUAAUCACCCUCAUGUAUUAAUGUUACAAAUAGCAAAUUCUUUUUUUAAACUCCCUGGUGAUUAUUUGAAACCUGGAGAGGAUGAGAUUGAAGGAUUAAAAGCUAGAUUGAAUGAACGUUUGGAACCAGUGAAUCCAUCCACCGUUGAAGAUUGGCAAAUUGGAGAAUGUUUAAGUGUAUGGUGGCGACCGAAUUUUGAGACCUUUAUGUAUCCGUAUACACCUGCACAUGUAACAAAGCCAAAAGAACAAAAAAAGAUUUUUUUUGUUAAUCUACCAGAAAAAAAGAUUUUAUCUGUACCUAGAAACAUGAAGUUACUUGCAGUUCCUUUAUUUGAAUUGUAUGAUAAUGCACAACGUUAUGGACCACAACUAUCUGCAAUUCCACACUUAUUGAGUAGAUUUAAUUUUAUAUAUGAGAAAUAA